AUGUCUUAUCAUUAUUUGUUUAAGUUUAUCAUCAUUGGAGAUACAGCUGUUGGAAAAUCAUGCAUUUUGUAUUAAUUUUUGGAAUAGAAGUUUCGAGUGAAACAUGAAAUGACAGUGGGAGUUGAAUUCGGUGCCAAGAUUCUAAACUUAGAGAACAAAUAAAUCAAAUUAUAAAUUUGGGACACUGCUGGAUAGGAAACCUUUAAAUCUAUCACCAGAUAAUAUUAUAGAUCAGCUGCAGGUGGAAUUUUAGUAUAUGACAUCACAAGAAGAGAGUCAUUCGAAAACGUUAGAGAAUGGAUAAAAGAAUGUCGAACACACGGGACACAGGAAAUGGUGAUAGUGUUAGUUGGAAAUAAAGUCGAUUUAGAAAAACAGUAUAAUAUUCAUAAUAUAAAUGGCUUAGCCUACGAAAACAAUUUGCUUUUUAUUGAAACGAGCGCUAAGGAUAAUUUGAACAUUAUUGAAACAUUCUCAUAGGCAGCAGCACAAGUAUUGAAAGUUGUACAGAAGAGUCAGCAAAAGAAUGAACUUCCAGGAGUCCGAGUUGGAUAUGCAAUUGACUAGACGAAAGGUUAAUAAAGUAGUUAAAGUUCAAAUAAAUGCUGCUGAUAUUAUAAUUAAUUUAUAUAUAUCGUUAUUACACAGAAAUAAAAUAAUUUAAA